GCAGGCGAAUGGGAAUAGGGUUGAAGAUGGUGAGAAGAAUGGAGGAGUGGUUCAGAGAAAGUGGUGCCGAGUAUUCGUACAUCGCUACUGAAAACGACAACCAACCUUCCGUCAAGCUCUUCACCGAUAAAUGCGGCUACUCUAAGUUCCGUACUGCAUCAAUCCUGGUCCACCCCGUAUUCGCCCACCGUGUCCGGCUCAGUAACCGAGUCACCAUCCUCAAACUCGCUCCCUCCGACGCUGAGUUCCUCUAUCGCCGCCGAUUCUCCACCACCGAGUUCUUCCCUAGGGACAUUGACUCAGUCCUCAACAACAAGCUCAAUCUCGGCACCUUCAUCGCUGUUCCACACGGGUCCUACUCCUGGCCUGGUUCGGACCGCUUCCUGGGUAACCCGCCCGAGUCGUGGGCCGUACUCAGUGUGUGGAACUGCAAGGACGUGUUCAGACUGGAGGUCCGUGGCGCGUCGCGCGUCAGGAAAGGCUUGGCGAAGACGACGCGCUUGGUGGAUCGGGCCUUGCCCUGGCUACAAUUGCCAUCGGUCCCAGAAGUCUUUCGGCCCUUUGGGCUUCACUUCUUGUACGGGCUGGGUGGGUCAGGCCCAUUAGCGGUCAAGUACCUUAAGGCCCUGUGUGGGUUCGCACAUAAUUUGGCUAAAGAGUGUGGGUGUGGAGUGGUGGCAACGGAGGUGUCGAGUCACGAGCCGCUCAGGUUAGGGAUUCCGCACUGGAAGGCGCUAUCAUGCGCCGAGGAUCUAUGGUGCAUCAAGAGGCUUCGGGAAGACUACACUGACGCGUCUGUUGGUGACUGGACCAAGUCACCACCUGACGUGUCCAUUUUUACUGAUCCUAGAGAGUUCUAACGAUAACUCAAACUAAUUUAGAAGCUAAAUUAUAUAUUAUUACUAUUAUUUUUUAUUUUUUUUUGGGGA